GGGAAGUAACGCCUGGUAAAAUGCGACAUACUAAUUCUUCCUAAAUUGGUAAAACACGGAUUCAAUCCUCAAACUAGUACUUAAACAAGACAUUUUAUUGAAAUAGCAUGAGGAUAAGCCCGUCUCGAUGCGCGCUGAAGCUUCUCGUUUAACUUAGUUCGCUAGCCGCUAACAUAAAGGUGUAUUUGUUAGCAACAUAUUGGGUUAGCAAUGUGUUGAGACUAUUGUGUGACAAAAUGUUUGCAAGAACCACACCCGACUACGGGCAGAGGUUUUGUGGAACAAAAGAGGAGAACGAGCAACAACAUCAACGGCCGGAUGCUGUUUGCAAGGAGCUUCGUGUUGUACUUAUGCGACUCACAACAGGAGUCAGUGAAAAAUACCUUUGUCCUUGGAAACAGGGGCCAGGUUUUCUUCAAAUUAAAGAGGAGGAAGAGCCUGUUCACAUCAGGAUGAAGAUGGAGGAGGAAGAGGAUAGAGACAAGUCGUUAUGGACCUCUGUCAUUUUAAAAAGUGAACUUGGAGACAAUGUUGAGAGUGAGGAGACCUCUGUCAUUUUAAAAAGUGAAGUUGGAGACAACGGUGAGCGUGAGGAGAACAGGGGGGCGGAGUCUCCAACCAGAAGCUCAACUCAAGACAUUAUAUCAGAAGAUGAAUCAGACCACUGGGGAACAUCACGAGAAGUGAUAGAGAUAAGUGAUAACACAUCAGACGAUUCUGACACUGAUUAUUAUGAUGAUGAUGACGAUGUUGGUGGUGGCGAUGGCGAUGAUGACAAAGAUGAAGAUUAUUGUUACGAUGAGGACGACGACAAUGAUGAUGAUAGUGAUGAAGAUAAAGGUGAAGAUGAAGUUGAACUCUUUGAAUGUUCUCAGUGUGGAAAAAAAUUUCACUCAAAGUUUUAUUUGAAAUGUCACAUGAGAACACACACUGGAGAAAAACCUUACAUUUGCUCAGUUUGUGGUAAAGGAUUCACUUCAUCCUCACUUUUAUUACAUCACACCAAAACGCACAAGGGAGAAAAGCCUUUCGUCUGCUCAUUUUGCGGUAAAAGAUUCUCUGUAAAGGCAAUCUUAACGUGUCACACAAGAACACACACUGGAGAGAAACCUUACUUGUGCUCAGAUUGCGGGAAACGCUUUUCUUCCAAUUCAAGUUUAAGUAAACACAAAGCAACACACAGUGGAGAAAAACCUUUUGCCUGCUUAAUUUGUAAUAAAAAAUUCCGUCAAAAGGCUGCUUUAGCAAGGCACUCACUGAUACAUAGUGGAGAAAAAGCUUUUGCCUGCUCUGUUUGUGGCCAACGAUUCUCUCAAAAAUGUAAUUUGAAAACACACAAAAGAACGCACACUGGAGAGAAAGCUUUUCCUUGCACCUUUUGUGCCAAACGAUUCUCUAGUAAACAGCAGGUUCAGAUGCACAAGUGUUCUGGUAAGAAAAGUGAGUUGAAGCUUUCAUAAAAAA